GCGUGACUUUCUCUGCCUGCAACUUCAGCACAGAGGCUGAGGAUCGCAGCCAGGAUGGCUCUGCACUCUCUGGCUCUGUCGCUUCUGCUGUUGGUGGUAGUCAUUUUACGGGAGAGCUGCUUCGGCACCUCCUCCCACUCCCUGAAGUAUUUCUACACCUCCAUCUCGGACCCCAAUCAGGAGCUGCCCCAAUUUGUUCUUCUGGGGAUUGUGGACGGUCAAGUCUUUGUUCACUAUGACACCCACAGCCGGAAGCUGAAGCCUCGAGUCUCCUGGGUAGAGAAGGCAGGGAAGGUGCAUCCCAAGUAUUGGGACAGUCAAACCCAGAUAUCACAUGGCGAAGAGGAGGCAUUCAGAGUAAGCCUGGUGAAUCUGAGGAGUCGGUACAAUCAGAGCGAAGGCCUUCACACAUUGCAGAGGAUGUAUGGCUGUGAGCUCCAGAGAGAUGGGAGCAAAAGAGGGUUUCUGCAGCUUGGAUAUGACGGAAGGACCUUUAUCACCUUCGACAAGGAGACCCUCACCUGGGUGGCUCCCAACCCCUUGGCACAGAUCACCCAGAGGAAAUGGGAUGCUAUUCCAGGAAAGAGUCAAGGACAUAAGGCCUACCUGGAGGAGGAAUGCAUUGAGUGGCUCCAGAGGUACCUGUCCCACGGGAAGGAGACUCUCUUGAGGACAGAGGCCCCCGUGGUGACAAUGAGCAGCAGGAUGGAGGCUGAGGAUGGGAUGGAGACGCACAUCUGCCAGGUCCACGGCUUCUACCCCAAGGAGAUUGAUGCCUCCUGGAGGAGGGACGGGGAGGUCUGGCUGCAGGACACCCUCCAUGGGUCUGUGGCCCCCAAUGCGGAUGGGACCUACCACUACUGGCUCAGCAUCCGGAUCGAUCCCAAAGAGAGGGGCCGCUAUCGGUGCCACGUGGAGCACGAUGGUCUGCAGGAGCCUCUGGAUGUGGCCAUAAAAGAAUCCAACCUGGGCCUCAUCAUCGGCUGCGUUGUGGCUUCUCUUGUUCUGGUGUGUGUGAUUGUUGGGACUUUGAUAUUCUUCAAGAAACAUCAAACUAGAUGCAGAGCAGCAUCAAGUGAGUGAUUUGUCCUCUUUACACAGUAGCUCCAAGUCAGAGUGAGAAUCAGAGGCAGCAUCCAUUGAGAUAUGUGUGUGAAUGUGUGUGCAAACACAAAAGAAGUUCAUGAAGAGUUCUGCUAUUUUCUUCUUCCUCUCAAGAACUAAUCUGUGGAAAGUGGGUCUCUUUGCACAACAGCCAGGCUGUUCUUGGGCGUGGAGACCCCAAGGAGAAACAUCUGGGACAAGGAGCCCUCAAGAAGGUGAGAAGACUGAGCUGGGUGGAAGAUCCCUCUGAUUGAGAAAAUGCUCUGUUUUCCAAGAAGGUGUAAAGGAAAAACUUGGCCAUCACAUGAUCAGCAGGAAGCAUUUUGAGAAGAAAGGAGCUUUGGUAAAUGCCAGCUGGAUCUCCUCUUGCUCUGCCACCACAAGGCUCUCCAACUAUGAACUGAUUGGAAAAAGAGACUUUGGAGUAAUGUAUAGGUUGUGCUCCUUCUGUGUCUGGUUCUGGUGAAACACGAAUCUAUUUGGGUAGUUUGGGACAAUUUUGCUAGGGAACCUGAGGAGCAAAUCAUUCAGAUCCGUUCAGAGAGAGAAGAGACCUGGGGAAGUCAGGAGGGGAUGACUGAGAUGUUGUCUUCCCAGGUGAUGUGGGAUGAAUUUGGUCUUGUCCCUCCUGAGCAAAUGGAUGGGGCCCUUUGCAGCAGAGGCUCUACCAAAUGUCCUUGGCACUUCCUGCCCUUCCUGGCUGGUGAAAACCUCUGCAGUUGACAGGGAACAUGGCAGGGGUGAAAUGCUCCCAGUUCGGACCAGAUCGUGUGAUCCAGUAGCGAUGGAGGUGGGUGGUUCGGAGAACCGAUAGCAAAAAUCCCUGCCCACCCCCAUGCCCA